GGAUAAGGCCGAGGGGUGGCUGUCCCCAGUGUCACAGCCCUGCCCCACCAGGACAAGCUGUUCUCUGCCAUAUUCUCUCCUUUAUCCUUGUUAAUCAUGUAAACAGGAGAGUGCCCAUGAUCAGUGGUUUGUUGGGAGAAGGGACAUGGAUAACAGCUUCCUCACAUCCCACUGCCUUUGACUUCCUCUCAACAGCACAAAUCCAACCUGUGGCACACUGGGAACUGUUGCCUUCCUCUUUCAAAGGCCAGUUUCUGAGCUGCCUGGUAACAGUGGCCAAAUUCCAGACAGCUGAGGUUUCCCCAGAGCCACUUGGGCUCCACACUCGGUGUGUGGGGAAUGUAACUCCAGCCCUUGUGGCAAGGUAGUCCCAGAUCCAUUCCAGGUGUGUGUGGACAUAUCAGUUGCCCCCAACCACUCCUCAUGUUCCUGUCAGAUCCUCCAGUGCUGUGAUUCCCAAAAUGCACCAGCUGCAGCAUUUAAAAGAACACCCUGUGCCCAGCAGCCCCAGGACUCCUAGACUGUAGAAUUAUGGAAUUGUUCGGGUUGGAAAAGCCCUCUGAGAUCAUGGAGUCCAGUUGUUCCCUCAAGGCUGCCAAGGCCAUCACUGACCAUGUCCCCAAGAGCCACAUCCAUGUGGCUUUUAAAUGCCUCCAGGGAGGGGGACUCCACUGCUGCCCUGAGAGCUGUGCCAGGGCUGGACAGCCCUUUCCAUGGAGAAAUUUUCCCUAAAACCCAACUUAAAGCUCCCCUGGCACAGCCUGAGGCCAUUUCCUCUUGCCCUGUCACUUGUUCCCUGAGAGCAGAGCCCGAUCCUCGCCUGGCUCUCCCCUCCUGUCAGGGAGAUGUGGGGAAGGAGAAGAUCCCCCCGGGCCUCCUUUUCUCCAGAUGUGCCAGUCCCUUCACAGCAUGAGGCUUCAGGCUAACUGCCUGCAGCACAGAAAGCUGAAUGAAACUGCUUUUCCAAGGAAAAACUGGUACAAAAGUGCCUGGAGCAGGCUGUGUUGGUGCCUGCCCCAUUUCCUAAGGUGCCUCUGCUUCAGGCAGCGGUGUGAGCUGGGUGACAACUCCGGCACUAAGUCAGUGAUGUCAUUUUUCCAUAGUGGCUCCAAGGAGUGGUUUUCCAAGCAUCCCUGAAGCUGACUGUUCCCAGCAGCACCCAUUUCCCCCUUCUUAACCUGAGGAACAGGAAACUGUCACUCCAACACAACCAGUUUAAAUUGAGCACCUUCCUGCGGGAGGGUGAUUUAGGGAAUUGUCCUGCCUUGCAGCACCAGGACACACACACUGGGAAUUGGGGUUUCUUUCCCCUGGGGGCUUUGGGAUUCUAUCACAAACUUCUCUCCCUGGAAUUUGUCACUUGGACAGUGAAUUAGUUAUCCAGAGGCAAAACCCUCUGGUCUUGACAACUUUUGGGGAGCUCUUCAGUCUUUGAUAAUUAACUUAUUUAAUACCCCGAAGCUUUUAUUGGCUGGUUAUUAAACUGAUAGAUUUUGAGAUGCCUUGUAUUCCAGGCCAUUCUUCCUUCCUGCUUUGUGCUGUAGCAGGUCCAAUUCUCCCUGUGUUAUCCUUCUGGAAGGGCCCCACCACCAAAACACAGGGCAGUGACUGUCUCUCCUUUUUAAUUUCAGGCUCUUGUCACUGGCUCUCGUGGAAUAGAGGUCCCAGCUCUUUCCCUGCCCUUUCCCACGUUGGCUUUGGCUCCGGGCAGGGUGUCCAGCCGGGUGCUGGCACUGCUGGGGUGGUGGUGGGACAAAGACUGACCUGUCCUUCCUUCUCCUGCAGCCCCAAGCGUGGAAGCAGCUGAUCAGAGCUCAGACAAAGAGGCAGAAUCUGAGGAGCCCCAGGAAAAAGCAAAAUCCCAAGGGGCUCCAAAAAUGGAAGAGGAGGAGCAGGACCUAAAGUUUCAGAUCGGAGAGCUGGCAAAUACUCUGACUAGUAAAUUGGAGUUCCUGGGCAUCAACAGACAAUCUAUCUCCAACUUCCACAUGUUGCUGUUGCAGACAGAGACCCGCAUUGCAGACUGGCGAGAAGGUGCUCUCAAUGGAAACUACCUCAAACGCAAACUCCAAGACGCAGCCGAACAGCUUAAACAAUACGAAAUAAACGCCACCCCUAAAGGCUGGUCCUGCCACUGGGACAGGGAGCAUAGACGCUAUUUCUAUGUUAACGAACGCUCGGGAGAGUCGCAAUGGGAGUUCCCCGACGGGGAGGACGAAGAGGAGGGACAGCGAAGUGCCGACAGAAAACCCGACGGUCCUCCUAAGCCCCCUCCCAAAGACAAAGGAGAGCGCGCCGAGGAGCCCGACGAGCGGCCCCGCAGUACGGCCAUAGCGGGACUGCCGCACGUUGUUGGGGGGUCCUGGCCCCAAAGGGGGGUGUGUUGGGGCAGAGCAGUUGCCAAUGGUGGUGCCUGCACCGUCCCAGCUGUCCCAGUGUCCUGA